AUGUCUGAAGAAGAAGAACGUUGUAUCUGCCAAAUCUGCCAAUGCGGAAACCACAAAUGCGCUCAUGUGGAGAACAAUUGGCCUACGACUACAGGGAUUGGAGAAUCUACCACUGAGUAUGGUGCACAGUAUCCAGGAAAAGAAGCCGUCAGAACCCGAGCCAUACAUCCAGCUGAGACAACGCUCAAUUCGGGAGAGUUUCAUGGUGAGACGACGAAUAAGGCGGAUUUCUAUGAGAAACAAUUCGAAAGGAAUCGCUCCUUCAAACCAAUUGUGUCAACAAUUCAGUCCGGUGAGUUCAAUGGAGACACCACUCAUAAGUCGGACUUCAAUCUGAAACAGGUGAGGCUUGUUCUUGGAGAAGUUGUUAAUUCGUUGCAAAACAUAUUCGUCUCAAUUUAACC